AUGGCCAACUCCACCCUGGUGACUACAUUUCUCCUGGAAGGUUUUGCUAAGUCUUUGGAGCUCAGGAUCCUACUCAGUGUGCUGUUCCUGUUGGUGUACCUGGGCAGUCUGCUAGGGAAUCUUAUUAUCAUCAUUGUUACUACGGUUGACCAUACCUUGAAUACACCCAUGUACUUCUUCCUCAGGAAUCUUUCAAUUUUAGACAUGGUCUACGUUUCUGUUACUGUGCCCAAUGCUUGUAUCAACUCUCUCACUGAUCACAGGAAAAUUUCUGUUCCCGGAUGUGCAGCACAGAUCUUUUUGUUCUUCUUUUGUGCAUGUGUAGAGAUUCAGUUUCUCACCAUCAUGUCCCAGGACCGCUCUGUGGCCAUCUGCAAGCCUCUUCUCUACACUGUGAUCAUGAACCACCAGUUCUGUGUUCAGAUGACACUGGCUUCCCUACUUAGCUCUCUUAUCCUUGCAAGUGUGCACACUUUUCAAACUUUCCAGCUGUCCUUCUGUCACUCUAAUGUCAUACCUCAGUUCUUCUGUGAUAUCCCCUCUUUGCUGAGGCUUUCUUGCUCUGACACCUUUAUCAACCAACUCUUACUUUUCCUGACUGCCAUUGGGCUCAGUUUUAGCUGCUUUGUAUUCAUUGCUAUAUCAUAUGUUCGAAUAUUAUCAGCUGUGUUGAAGAUUCCUGUCAAAGGAGAGAGAGGGAAGGCCUUUUCCACCUGCAUACCUCACAUUAUUGUGGUGUCUGUGUUUUUUAGUUCUGCUGCCUAUGUGUAUCUAAGACCUCCAGUACUAACACUGGAAGUAGCUAAGGAGAUGACUCUUUCUGUAUUUUAUACCAUUGUUCCACCAUUCUUAAAUCCUAUCAUCUAUAGUCUUAGAAACAGACAGAUAAAGGAGGCUGUGAAGAAAGUAAUAUUAAGAAUUACUUUCAUAUUUGAAUAUAAAAGGAAUGAGUACUUGUAA